AUGUUGAAUAAUUUGCAGAUUAGAAGACAGAGAAUUAAUAUUACAGAUUGGCAAUGGGGUGAUUUCCUGGGCAGUGGGUCAUUUGGACGAGUGUAUGAAUUAAUAGGUUAUGCUGCUGAUGGUUUCUUUUUCGCAGUAAAGGUAGCUCCGUUAUUAGAAGGGAAAAAAGUUGACCAAAUUGAGCAAGAGAUUGCUUUGCUAUGUCAGUUCAGUCAUCCAAAUAUAGUGAAAUACUUUGGCACACAUAAGGGAAAUCUCUAUAUUUUUCUUGAGCUUGUAAGAGCAGGUUCCCUCGAAAAACUUUAUCAGAAGUUUCAACUUCGAGAUUCUCAAGUGUCUUUGUACACCAUGCAAAUACUGAAAGGUUUAAAGUACCUUCAUGAUCGAAAUGUAGUCCACAGAGACAUUAAAUGUGCAAACAUUUUAGUUGAUGAGAAAGGAUGUGUGAAAAUUGCAGAUUUUGGAUUGUCAAAGGUGACCAACUUAAAAACUCUCAUGAAGUCUUGCUGGUGGAAUCCUCGUUGGAUGCCUCCUGAGGUUGUUAAUGGGAAGGGAGGAGGGUAUGGAUUUAAAGCUGAUAUUUGGAGCAUUGGCUGCACAGUGUUAGAAAUGUCCACCCGCCAAAUUCCUUACUCUCAUUUGGAACCUGGAGCUGUAGAUUACAGCAUUGGAGAGGGUAACCUACCUCCUCUUCCUGAUUCUCUCUCGAAGCAUUCACGAGAUUUCAUCCUGCAAUGCUUGCAAGUUAAUCCAGAUGAUCGUCCGACAGCUGCUAAGCUUUUAGGGCAUCCAUUUGUAAAGGGGCGCUGCUCUUAGCAUGUUUGCAUCUCAAUAACUUGCUUCUGCGUUUCUUGCCCAUCACCAACAUUGUGAAUUUCCUUCCAUUCGGUUAGAGAUGGAUGAAUUGGGCAAGCAAAUUCAAUUGGCAAAGAGACAUUUGAUGGAGAUGUGCAGAGACAUAAGGUUUUAAUGCAGGAAAGAGCAUUGGGCACUCUGCUCUAAAAGCUAAGAGCUAUUGUUGUGAGAUGGAUGAAUGUCACGUGUUCUGUAGUGUUAUCUUCUUUUUUUUCUCAUGUCCCAUGCAUUUGGUUUUUGUCAAUUCACUUCCUGAAAUUGUGUAUAAAGUUUGUUGAUUGAUGAAAAUUAAAUUUUUGCUUUUAAAA